CCCUGAACACCUAUGGUCCCUGCACCCAGGGGUACUUAGUGCUGCAUCUGGGCUUCUACACAUCCUCAGGUGGCCCUGCAUUCUGCUCUUGAGGACACAUGGCCCAGGCUAGGAAAGAAGCAGGGGACAGCCCGCUGGUGUUUGGGAGGGAGCUGUCAUCACACAUCAUCAGAGUGUUUGUCAAGACUGCAUGGGACUGCCAGGAAUUUUUGCUGGCAGAAAAUAGCAGCGUCCACCACUUUAAGAAACAGAUUUCUAAACGCCUUCACUGUAACACUGACCGGUUGGUGCUCAUUUUCACUGGAAAGAUCCUUCGGGAUCAAGACAUACUGAGCCAGCGUGGCAUCCUUGAUGGCACUACGGUCCACUUGGUGGUGAGAACCCAUCCAAAAGGAGCUCUGCCUGGUCCCAGAACGGGCCACUACGUGCAUGGCUCUGAACCAUCCACCUCGGACAGUGCUGGGAUGCUGGCCAGGCUGAGCCAGCUGGCUCGGAGCUCCCCUGAUCUGGCUGACUUUAUUGGUCAACUGACUCAACUCUUAACGGUUUUCUUGGAAGACCCUAUGGUCCAAGGCCUGGCAAAUGAGAAUUCAGCCAAUGCUAGCCAUGCUCCUGAAUCUUCGAGGCCAGUACAGAAACCUGAGCUGGCUCUUAAGGCUCUGGAAACCUUGCAGAACCAAGCCCGGCAAAAGGAGCUCCUGCAGGCAGACAAGCAGGGGCUAGAGGCUUUGAAGGCAGUGCCAGGUGGGGACAAUGCUAUGCAUCCAGUCUGCCCUGAUAUCCAGCAGCUCAUGCUCUUCACUCUGGCCCCAUUAUUUGUCCCCAAAGGCCACAACCCAAGUUCAGAGCUUUGUAAAGAGGAGGCCAGUGCUCACAGCAGCACCAACCCUACUACCAACAUUCCCACAGCCUCAGCACCUGCCAGGCCAUUUGCACAAAAGGUCAGUGCAGAAGAGGUUACCUGGGCCAAGAGGGUGGCCUCAAAUCAGGCCAAUUCAGGAUGUGGGGCUGGUAUGCCAGAUGUAAGCUUGGGCCAGGAUCUCCUCUUCCAAGAUGGCCAGCAGACCACAGGGAAAGCUCUAAAUGGUCAGCUUAGACCCUCACCCUCUGCCUUGCAUACAGCCUUGCACAUCCUGCAGCAGAAUCCAGCUCUGCUACACCGGUUGGCAACUGGAAGCCCCCUGCGACAUCACAUGCCACUACUUCUCAUCCUGACCAAUCCACGAGCCCUACAGGCACUGAUACAGAUAACAAAGGGCCUGCAGAUACUGUCCAAGGAGGUGGCUGCGCUGGGACCUUGUUUAUGGGGCCAGGGUAGGCCACACGGGACUAGACAGUGCCCUAAAGCUAGGACUGGAGGGCAGGGUCAGAGAGAAGACUCCAUACAACCCACCUUGGCUGUCCUUCAGCUUCUCCAUGCACUGGCCAAUGCCUGCUCCCAGUCCACUCAGUCUUCACUACACUCUUCGCCCCUCACUGAAGGCCUCUACCAGCAAGAACUAGAGCACCUGAGGGAUAUGGGUUUUACUAAUCAUGACGCCAAUCUACAGACCCUCAUGACCACGGGCAGAGAUUUUCAUGCUGCCAUUGAGAAGAUUCUGGGGGUACCAGAGGCCCAAGUGCCUCCAGCUGACACCCUCAGUCCACCAUCUCAUGGAGAGGGAGGGAAGGGGAGGGGGAGAGGAGGGGAGAGGAAGUAAUGUAUUUUAAAUUCCUCCUACUCAGAUCAU